AUGAUCUCUCUCUCUCUCUCUCUCUCUCUCUCUCUCUCUCAAUUCUUUGAUGGUUUCUGUUUCUGUUCUUUUAUGGUCUCUCUGUCCAUUAAUGGUCGCAGAAUAUACAUUCUUUUGCUUUGUUUUUCUUCUUUCUUCUCUGUUUCCGCCCCCCACCUAUCAUAUUUUGAGUUUUUUUUUAUUAUAUAUUCGUUAUUUACCUUUCUCUUUCAUUUUAUUUCUUCGGUUUCGUUAAUCCAUCUUUCUUUCUUUCUUUCUUUUCUUUCUUUCUUUCUUUCUUUCUUUCUUUCUUUCUUUCUUUCUUUCUUUCUUUCUUUCUUUCUUUCUUUCUUUCUUAGUCAAUCUCUGUUUUUCUUCUAUCUCAACUCGUCAUUUUGUCUUUCCUGUGUCAUUCUCUUUGACAGUCUCUUUCUUUCUUUCUUUCUUUCUUUCUUUCUUUCUUUCUUUCUUUCUUUCUUUCUUUCUUUCUUUCUGUUUAAUUUUGUUUCCUUCUUCUUCACCACAAUGAUUUUCCUUCCUUCCUUCCUUCCUUCCUUCCUUCCUUCCUUCCUUCCUUCCUUCCUUCCUUCCUUCCUUCUUCUUCUUCUUCUUCUUCUUCUUCUUCACUAA